AUGAAGCACAUCGACAAGUGAGUUCUCUCGGACCUCGAGACCCACGAACAUAUUAAUUUUUACAGUCUUUACCUGGAAGUAGUCGGAACUUCCGUGCUGUUCGCACAGCGAGGAGGAUUUCAAGUUUGUCGCCGAACUGGAUUGCUUCGGAAAGCUGCGCAUGACGCUGAGAUGAAUUGCUGCCUGCACAUUCCGACUGUAAGAGAACAUUUUCGAGUUUCCACCGUGAAAACAACGUUUCUUCCGGGCCACUCCGUAGACUGGCCGAUUUUUUUUAAAAAUUUUUGAAUUCAUUGCUUGCUCAGCCACGAUUUCGAAAGCAUAGGAAGGAAAAAUUGAGGUGUAUGGAUUCUCGAUUAUCACCAGCAACAUGUGAGUUAUGGGAGAGUUUCUGUCAACAGUUUGAAAAAUGAAUCAAUAAAUACUCGGAUUUUUUUGACAGGAGAAGUGCCUCACAAAGUCAAUUAUGUUAAUUUGUUAUUCAGGAUCCGUAAUUUUUUACUUGGCAGAAAUACUCCAUAAGCCCUAUUCAAAUAGUUUCUGAAAGCCUAGUUUCUUUAACUUUCACUCGAGUUAUGAAAAAAAAGCGUUUGGAAAGAAGCCUAACUAGGGAAUGAUCCACAGAACAUUUGAUCCUCUUGGUAUCGAACUUUGUCGAUCACGGCCCAUAAGGCCAACUUACCUGUUGAUCAUUCUCUAGUAAGGUACAUUUUUGCCAAGUUUGAGCAAAUUUUGUUCACUGAUAAAAAGAGCGCAAAGUCAAGUGAUUACAAGUGAAACUUUGAGAUCUGUGUGUUGCCCCAAUCGCUCCGUUUCCAUGAUUGUCCAUGACAGUUCUCGGCCGGUCUUAACUGCACUUUUUACAGGCACCGAUUGUUCGGCACAAUUUCCAGCUCGGAAAGUGCGACAGUCGUGUACAGCAGAAAAGUUCCUAUUUUUGAUGCUCUUAUUGAUCCGAAAAGGUUCAAAAAUUUUCUCGGCAAAUUUGUCCCGCACCUUUGGUUCAAAAGCAAAUCGAUAGUAAAUUUCGAUCAUUUUCAGCCAGCAUUUUUUCAGCCAGCACGGAGGAACUGAGAAAAAACGAUUGUUUUGUCACUUUUUCAAACAAGGGAAAGGGACAAGCUUCUUAUCUGGACGAGACGGGUGUGAGUCAAGUGAGUCUGGAAGGUGCUCGAGAUCCAAUGUGAAGGCCGCCAAGGUUCUCAUCAGCGAGGUCGUGGCGCGCUCCCAGAACCCUCGCCCUCAGCACGGAUUUCCUCGCAGCCAGAUCGACAUUCCGAUUCCGCCGAAUAGCUGCGAUCUCUGAUUAUCGGAAAACAAGAACAAACCAUCCGGCAGCUGCAGGUUAGCUGAAACGUAGCUUUUGCUUGAUUCAAUAUAUAUUAGUCAGGAGAAAAGCGAUUGCAAAAUGGUGCUUGAACAAGACAGCCAAGCGGUGGGUGACAUUUCUAAGCCGCUCAGAAUCACGGGGCAAAAUCGAGAUGGUUAAGCAACUGGUCGCCGAAGUUUUGAGCAGCGGUGGAGACGGCUCCGGUGGAGUUCACCCAGUUCAUCACGGUGGUGGCGGAGGAAGCUCAGUGGGCAUCAUCAUCGGAAAGCAAGGAGACACUAUCAAGCGGCUCGCGAUGGAAACCGGCACUAAGAUUCAAUUCAAGCCGGAUGAGCCGGAGCACCCAGAGAAAUGCGCUGUUAUCAUGGGCACACGUGACCAGAUCUACCUGACCACCGAACGGAUCACCGAGCUCGUCAGAAGGAGCGCUCAGCAGCAAGAAGGCGGUGGCGGCGGAGGCAUGUCUGCCAAUGAGGUAUUUCAUCAAACUUUACACACAUAAUCGAAUUGAACGUUUUCAGAGCUUCUACAUGUCCGUUCCGGCUGCAAAGUGUGGGUCUCGUCAUCGGAAAGGGCGGUGAAACCAUCAAGCAAAGAUCAAAGACAGUUGCGAGGUUCGCGCAAAAAGGUGAUGAGCAAACAGAAAUUCCAUGUAUAAAAGAGCAACUUUUAGGUGGGAGUACCAUAAACCUUCACAUUCUUCUACAAUUCCUUCGAAAAUGAACGCCAAGUUGUAAGUUGCACCUGAUGGUUCACGACUUCCGAGUCUACAAUAUCCAUUUGCAGCCUUCUCUGCGUGCUCGCCCUCGUCAUGUGCUCAAUUGUGCAAGAAGCAUCGGCUCAAGUGUACGGAUACGCUUCCUAUCCAUCUUACUACGGAGGAUAG